AUGACGGCGCCCGCUGAUGAUGUGAUGGAUUUGUUUCGUGCGUUGCAUGGAGUGCACUCAGCUUACUCCUGGAACUUUAAUGAGCCAGUUGCGAAUCGCGCAGUGUUGCGCCUGCGGCAGGCCCUGGAGCAGGUAGUCGGGCUUGCAGUUGUUAACGUCCUUGAUGAGAUGCAGAGAGGUCUUGCAGACCCACAAGUGCAGCAGGUUGGCGUGAGCUUCCUGAAAGCAGUUGUAGCUGAUUCCAAAGGAUCGACAAAGGACAUCAUCCAGCGUGCUGGAGUUGUACAGGUGUUGGUUCAAAGCAUGACCAAGCAUCCCGGCACCGAGAAUCUUCUCACAGAAGCAUUGGAAGUAAUGGAUGAGCUGCAUGGGCUAGAAGCGCUCCUGCAAGCCCUACAGCAUUUACGGCCCAGCGCACCCGGAACGCGGGCGGCCCUGCAAACCCUGCAGAGCACCCUCCGGAAGCGAUGGCAUGAGGUGGAACGCUCAGCGGUGCCCCUUGCGCGGGUGAUAAUCGAUGCGCUCCGGACGCAUCCGACCGACAUGCAGCUACAAGUCAUGGGCAUCAAGCUGCUUGGGGACCUCGCUGGUGAUCUUCCAGAGGCGCGUGUGGCCUUUUUCCAGGUCAAUGGCUGGGAAUGGCUGCUGCAAGUACUGGAGUCACCGCCCUUGGAUCAUAGUUGGGAAGGACUUGAACUUCAACAAGAGGGGGUUCGCCUGAUAGCUCAACUCUGCAAGGGAGGUGCUUGCGGUGAAAUACACAGCCAGCGCGUCGGUGCCAUCUUGGAGAAAGUGUUACAGAGGUCUCAGAAUGAUGGUCGAGUCCUCUACUGGGGCCUCUGGGCUGUGCAGCAACUACAUGGCUCAGCUUCGUUGCUGUCAACACUCCGGGCUAAUUCCAACCCUGAUGUUGUCAUGCAGACCCUCCGGUCCCUCAGUGGUUUGUCCUGGGGCCAUGGAGAGAUUGAUUCUGAGGCGGAGCAUGCCAUUCAGGUGAUGCAGAAUGUCAUCCAAGCCAUGCGAGCAUUCACGGACAAUCCAGAGGUGCUCAAGGAUGCAUCCUUCGUGCUUGCUCGAACAGCGGCCUUUGCGGCACAGCACGAGGUUCCUGACCAAUAA